AUCAUGAGUACUGCACGAGCGAUAAGGACACAGCAGAAAUUAUAUCGUGAUCAUACAUGGUAUCCUUUGAUGCCGGUUGUUAGACAUCGAGUAAAGAGAAGAAUUUAAGAAAGAUUUUUUCGUUUUUACAGUAUAACCGAUUUAGUUGAAAUUUAUUCUGUGUCCUCACUAAGGAUACUUCAUAGAAAAUGUCAUCCACACUCAGCAGAUCUACUAGACUGAUAAAGAACGAAAUCAAGAGCCAUUUGAAGAUAAAGAAACGUUCAUUUAGUAGCAAAGAAAUCAUACAGAGGGAAAAACAGUAUUGCGCGCAAAAUUAUCAUCCUUUGCCUGUUGUAUUAGCGAGAGGACAAGGGGUUUAUGUCUGGGAUGUCGAAGGAAACAAAUACCUCGAUUUCCUUAGUGGAUAUUCAGCGAACAACUUUGGCCACUGCCAUCCAAAGAUUGUUGAAACGCUAAUUAGUCAGGCCAACACUUUACAUCACACGUCAAGGGCAUUUUAUAACAAUAUACUCAGUGAUUUUGCCAAGAAAAUUACCGAAUAUUUCGGCUAUGACAGAUUCUUACCGAUGAACACAGGUGUGGAAGCUUGUGAAACAGCCGUAAAAAUGUCUAGAAAAUGGGGAUAUAUGCAGAAGAAAAUUCCGAAGAACGAGGCCAAAAUGUUAUUCGCCACUAAUAAUUUUUGGGGACGCUCUAUAGCUGCUUGCUCGUCAUCUACGGACCCUACAUGUUUCGAGGGCUACGGUCCUUUCCUGCCCGGAUUUCAAUGCAUCCCCUACGAUGAUUUAACUGCCCUAGAUAUUGCAGCGCAGGAUCCUCUCGUAUGCGGUUUUAUGGUGGAACCUAUUCAGGGUGAAAGUGGUAUUAAUGUACCUUCUGAUGGAUAUCUUAAGGGUGUAAGAGCGAUAUGUAGCAAAUAUAACAUUCUGUGGACGGCAGACGAAGUUCAAACAGGGAUGGGAAGGACUGGGAAACGACUCGCUGUUGAUUAUGAGGAUGUCAUGCCGGACAUUUUAGUAUUAGGGAAAUCGUUAGGAGGGGGUGUUUAUCCAGUAUCUGGAUGUUUAGCCAACGAUAAUGUGAUGUCUGUUAUCAAACCAGGCACACAUGGCUCAACCUUUGGAGGAAAUCCUUUAGCUUCUAAGCUUGGUAUGACGACUCUCGAUAUACUACAAGAUGAGAACUUGGCAGAAAACUCGUUUAAGAUGGGAGAAAUCUUCAGAAAAGAACUUGAGGAUAAAAUCAACAAGAAAAUUGCCAUCACAGUCAGGGGUAAAGGUUUAUUCAACGCCAUUGUCAUCAACAGAAAUUACGCCAAAGCAUGGGAUAUAUGCUUAAAAAUGAAGGAAAGAGGUCUUCUUUGCAAGCAGACACAUGACGAUAUUAUAAGAUUUGUUCCACCUCUUGUAAUCAAUGAAGAACAAAUUCUUGAAUCAACUGAUAUUAUAAUAAAUGUUAUUAACGGUUUGAAAUAAAAAAUAUCGUAAUAAUUUA